AUGAUUCUAAGGAUUUCAAAUCUAAACACACUACAAGUAAGCAAAAUGGUUGGAUUUGUAGUAAGGUUACUGUUUUUAAUGUCAUUGUUUUGUGGAGGAUUAAGUUGUUACAAGUGCUUUAUAGAUCCUGGUGACAGUGUCCGUCUAUGCUGGGGUCACAUACUCAGUGAACAUAACAUUCGUAAUAUAGAUGCCUGCUUCAAAACUCUGGAUAGAAUAUUCAACAACAAUCCAAACGUAAUCAUGGCCGGUAAAGUAGGGAGAGGCUAUGACACAGUACUAAAGGAGAUUAUGAGGUCUGAAAUCAUGCAUAUUGUGGAAGAAUUUGACCAUCAUUUGAAUAAUGACACAGUGUAUGAAGUUAGGUUAAAAGCUGCUGCGGACACUUUCAUCACAAUGGCCUCUGGUCUGCCUAGAGCCUCUGGAUGUUUCCCCCCUUGCGGUUUUCAGGCUCAUGGCACUGUCUAUAACUGCAUGACUUGUCAGUAUGACUCCUGUGAAUUCCCCCUGGAUUGCCCCUUGCAGGAAAUCACUGUGGAGGAAAACAACAGAAAUCAGAUGUGGUGUCAUGUGCCAUUUGUUUUGCCAAGUGACAUACAGAUCGUUUGGAGGUAUGCAGAGAUCAAGACAAUGUUGAUAGAUCGAUUUAAGGAGGUGACAGCUGGCACGGAUAAGCUCUUCUCCAUACCAUCGGCCCGUCUGGAGCACACAGGCACAUAUCAGUGUGAGAUCUUUUCUCGGGAGCGCUCACUGGUCCGCAUCUAUUAUCAUCUUACAGUUGUUGCUAAUGAGGAAGUUGGUCAUGCAGAACUGCAGGACGUGUUUGAUCAAGCUCUUCUACCAGCUGGACAGUUUCGAGUUUUGCCCACUUUACCUCCAUUUUCACUGCUAAGGCUACCUAGUGAUGUUUUCCUCACCGUCAGUCUGACAUCACUGAUAUUGCUGCUCUUCAUCACUAUAGGGGUGCUGUACUGGUGGCCUUCUAAGAAAAUGGACCGUGAAACUGAGCAAGAACAGGAACGACAUCGGUAUAGAUUUCAAUUUGCUUGAACAAGACCACCAAAAAAAAGUUUUAGUAAAAUGCUACUGAAAUGACCUGUAAUUGCUUUUGUUCACCAUAAGAGGAUGCCAGUGCCCCGAACUGGCUUCUUACAUAGCU